GCAAUGAACUUUCUAAAAAAGUCUCUAUUAAUCGCCUGAAAGCAGAAAGAAAACUAAAUGUAAAAGAUGACGAACUACGAUAGAUUGAAAGUUGUAAUCCUUGGAAACUCCAGAGUUGGAAAAUCAGCUGUGACUGUUCGCUACCUAACCAAAAGAUAUAUUGGAGAAUACAGUUCUUUCAAAGAUUAUUUGUAUCAACACAGCGUUACUUUUGAUAAUGUCACAACUGAAGUGAAGAUCCUAGACACGUCAGCCUGUAAGACAACAGCUUGUCUUCACGACCAUAUUGCUUGGGCCGAUGCCUUUGUCGUUGUAUAUAGCAUUUGUGAGAGAGACAGCUUUCAGCAAGCACGCAUUUUGAUAGAAACAAUAAGUGCCAUCAAAGGCCUACGAUAUGCGCCUGUCAUCUUGCUGGGUAACAAGAGGGAUCUGGAGCAUGCACGGCAAGUUGGUGUAGAUGACGGCCACGAGAUGUCCCUACAGUUCCAGUGCCAAUUCUACGAAGUUUCAGCAGCAGAGAAUUACGUUGGAGUUAGUUUGGCUUUUCAAAGUCUCAUCCGAGAAGCGAGAGCCAUGCAAGCACUGAAAACACUACCAAUCAGACGAAAAGUGGGAGCUGCCAUGACAGUUUCGAAGAUGAUCGGUAUGGUUUUUGGAAAAAGCGGAAAAUCCUUACGAAAUGGGAAGAAGCGACCAUCUUUAUCUAUAUGAUCGUUUCGAUCAUUCGUUUCAGAUCAAUCGCAUUUGGAAAUCCAUUAUUAGCAUGCCUUAGAUCUCUACUCAAAUAAAGGUAGAAAAUAAAAAGACUUCAGCAAAUCAACGACCAACAGAAAUAAGGAAGUAAAUGCUAAACUUCGAUAGCUAUUAGUCAUUUGUUAUAUUCAUUCUAUUUGAAAUUCAAUGACUUUAGUAUGUCUACACAAUUAAGAAAAAGUAUAUAUUUUUGUUAUCUUUGACAAAUAUAAAAUAUCAACAAAUAGCGUAUAUUUUUAUAAAAUUAUUCAUAUUAUACCAUAAAAAGGGUAUAUAUUACCCUGUUUAUAUUUGCGUUUAUAAUUGAUGUGAAAACUGGUGUUAAUUUUUUAUAACAUCGCACUUGGCAACGUGUAUACAUGAACUACAGUAGCUCGAAAGCAAUCCAGUUUUGAGAGACAAAUAUUUCAUUGAUUUUUCCAGUAUUACAAUGAAUUUGCGGUGUUUAAUAUGGACUACAAACUAUCUGUGUUUACAAUUCUGUUGUUAGUUGAAGGAACACUAUACUUCGUAGUCUCUGAUUGUUCAGAGCCAAAAAAAAAACCGUGCUUUGGUUAAAUAACUAUUUUAUUGCGUUUAUAUCACGACGUAACUCAGUGAAAUAAUUUAUUUCACCCCAGUUUCUGUUUUUCCAUUCUUCAGAGAUUUUCAACAGCCAAUUGCAUGUUCAAUGACUGCUUUAUCUAACCUUUUUUUGUAUAUUUGGUUACUGCUACCACGAUGAGGCAGUGUUAACAAAACUAAACAAGGAAGAUGUAGAGUUUAAUGUUUACAUGAUAUAUGUAUAUAUCUGUAUAAUUGUAUUAUAUAUUACAAUGGGAGGUGCAUUAUAAACAAGGA